GAUAUCAUCAAAUAUUUACAAAAAUGUGAGGGGUGUACUCACUUUUGUGGGAUACUGUAAGUGGUGAUGUACAUUAUGCUUCCCAUCUUCAACUGAACACUGUGAUGAGUAGCAACCAGCUCCACCUGUGACUGUACUGAAAGGCUUGAAGGGCUUCUUACAUGUUAAAUGGCGUCAAGCAGGGUUGUGUCCUGGGGCCAACCCUGUUCAGCCUCAUGUUCUCCGCAAUGCUGACUGACGCCUUUGGAGACGGUGAUGCUGGGAUAGGCAUCAAGUACCGCACAGAUGGUAAUCUGUACAACCUCAGGAGGCUCCAAGCGAAAACCAAGGUUUCGACAGACAUCAUCAGGGACUUCCUCUUUGCUGAUGACCGUGCCCUUAACAAUAGCACAGAAACGGACAUGCAACGCAGCGUUAACAGGUUUUCUAGUGCCUGCACAAACUUCGGUCUCACCAUCAGCACCAAGAAGACUGAGGUCAUGCAUCAGCCAGCCCAGGGAAGCCCUAUACAGAGUCCAACAUCACUGUCAAUGGUCAGAGACUGAAAACAGUGACCAAGUUCACCUCGGCAGCACGUUGUCACAAAAUGCCACAAUAGAUGACGAAGUUAACGUCCGCAUUGCGAGAGCCAGUUCAGCUUUCGGGAGAUUGUAUGCCAUGGUUUGGAACCGAAGAGGCAUCACCAUCCAGACCGAGCUGAAAGUGUACAGGGCAGUUGUGCUCCCCACACUGCUGUAUGCAUGCGAAACGUGGACAGGGUACCAACGUCAUGCCAGGAAACUGAACCAUUUUCACACCAGCAGUCUCAGGAAAAUCCUUGCAAUCAAGUGGCAGAACAAAGUCCCAGACACUGUGGUUCUCAAUCAAGCAGGCCUCCUAAGCAUCUUCACCAUCUUGAUGAUGACCCAGCUAUGCUGGGCAGGACGUGUGAUACGCAUGACAGACCAACGUCUACCAAAAAGACUUCUCUAUGGCAAGCUCCAGCAAGGUCAGCGUUGCCAAGAAGGCCAAAAGAAACGCUUCAAAGAUACCCUCAAUGCCUCAAUGAAAGCAUUUAACAUCAAUCCUGCCUCCUGGGUUACAGACUGCAUUGGAUCGUGACACCUGGCGAUCCUCCAUCCAUAAGGGGUCUUUGCUGUGUGAGAUAAAUUGGACAGAUGUAGCCGAACGAAAGAGGCCAGCCAGAAAAACCCGUGCCAGCAACCUUCCCGGAGACGUGCACCCCAUCCCCUGUCCCACCUGCCAUAGGACUUUCCGUGCAGAGAUUGGUCUGACCAGCCAUCUACGCAUGCAUCAUCUCUGAUGGCAAAAUGGUCUUCGUCGCCACGACGGACAACUAAGAAGAACUAGGAAGUUCUCCUUGUUUAGUGCUGUAUUGAGGCAAAGCCGGUAAUUUUGUAAACACUCUCGAGUUUAUCUCUUAG